AUGGAUUCCUCCUCUGGCCGUAUGGGCCAGUUUCACGCAACGGGGGCACCCCGUUUAAGCCUGACUAGGAGGACGAUCCCAUUGCCUCCUGCCUCCACUCCCUCACCUCCUACAACCCCGCCACAAUCAUCACCAAUUUCUUGGCGAAGCCGAUCCACUUCGUCAUCAUCAUUCUCCUCCUCCUCCUCCUCAUCAUCAUCACCAUCAUCAUCAUCAUCACCGACUGCCCAGAACCCCUGGGCUACCAAAAGCAACUGGCGGACUGGUUCUUCUCCCAGAUCCGCCCGCACUUCGGCACAAGUCCCAGACUUUGCCAAACUCAAGGAGGGCCAAGUCCUUUACCUAGGACGACCUCUUUCCCACUCCAUCUUCUGGCAUCACUCGAACAAGUCUGCGCCAGAAGACCAUCCGGUUGUUGUAACCGGAAAGUACAGGAACGAGGCCGGAGAAGAGUGCGUCAAGAUCCGGCUGUUGACAAGUUUUGGCGGCGUGCGGCUUCAAGACAAGAAGCCGCGCUGGCAAUGGAACCUGUUCAUGCUCUGCGAGAACAAGCAAGAGCAGGCAGACGUCACCGAGGUCCGCGAGGCCAAGAUGGCGGCAGGUUCCGAUGCGUUCAAGAGACGCUGUUAUGUCAACCUCAGCCCAAAUUCGCUGUACUCUAUCGAGUACAAGCACCUUGAAGUUUUCAUGAUCCAGCCAGGACUCGCCUUUAACGCCGAGUCAACAGCCGAGAUCAAGAAGGCGCCCGCACUGCCGUAG